AUGGCAGGUAACGAGGCUUAUGCUAGCGCCAUCGAGCGAGCAAAGCAGAUUGUUUCAAAAUUUUCUAUGUCCGAUGACGGGUCCACAACCAAUGGUGGCAUAGCUGGUAUGAAAAGGCCUGCUCAGGAGGAAAAUAACAAUUUUGCUACGACUGAAAAACGCCCUUUAGUAAUGGACAAGGUAGCUGCUGCUGCAGAAGCUGCUGCUCGGAUAAAUCAGAAGUUAGGUGGUUCACAACCGACCACAACUCUACCACAAACCUCAAACAACAACUCUGUUGGUUCCAGAGUUGUUACUACUGAGACUGCUAUCCCUGAUAGAUAUGUUGGCCUAGUUAUAGGGAAAGGUGGGGAGCAAAUAACACAACUCCAAAAUGACACACAAUGCAAGGUUCAAAUAUCUCAAGCUGGUACUCCCGAGCGUACUGUAACUCUAACUGGAACUCCUCAGCAAAUUGAUCAUGCAAAACAAAUGAUCGGUGACAUAAUUGAGCGUGCUGGAAAGAACGGCACACCAACUACACCUGCUUAUAAUUCAACUGGAAGCAUAACAACUAUUGAAAUGAUGGUUCCUGGUUUGAAGGCAGGUUUAGUGAUCGGCAAAAACGGCGAGACUAUCAAAAAUUUGCAAGAAGAAAAUGGCGUCAAAAUGGUGCUUAUCCAACAGUCAAACAACCCGACUCCUGAAGACAAACCACUUAGAAUAUCCGGUGAACCGGCACGAGUGGAAAAAGCACGACAAGCUGUUCUUGUUCUUAUAAAUUCUCGAGAUCGUCCUGGAGGGUCAAUGCAUUACGGAUACGAUGGUCAGGAAACAUCCCAAUAUGCCGUUCCAGCUGAGAAAGCAGGACUUGUAAUUGGUAAAGGUGGAGAGUCGAUUAAGGAGAUCUGUCGCGUCAGCGGAGCCCACGUCGAAAUAUCAAAGGAACCACCGCCAGAUCCCUCUAUCAAAAUAUUUAAUGUCCGUGGUAACAGACAAGAGAUAGAACAAGCCAUAAGAAUGAUCUCUGAGCGUGCUGGUAUUCCCAUGACUCGACCAGCUACUACCACCGGUGCUGUUCCUGGGCCUUGGGGUCAAUACGGCUACCCACAUGCAGAUCCAUGGACCAUGGCUAACUGUGCCCAAAAUGCCGUUGCGGCAGCUGCCAUGCCGGCUCCUACGUACAACCCAUACACCGGUCAACCUGAUUACAGUGCAGCUUGGGCUGAAUACUACAGACGUCAAGGAAUGCAUGAAUGCGCCGAUGCCAUUCUACGACAGGCUCAACAACCCUCAGUGGCUGCUGUUCAACAGACAGCUCCAGUACCUACAGGUCACGUGCAGGCUGCUCAAUCUGGUACACCGGCGGGUGCACCAUCUCAAGUUCCUGUACAAGCACAACCAACGGCUGCUGGACAGGCAAACUGGGACUCUUACUACAUGCAGCCAUACGGUUCGAAUUUUCCUUGGCAAACGUAA